AUGGGAUACGGAUCGGGGCCCUGGGAGUUUGAGGGGCGCGCCCUCUACCAGCUGUCCCUGGUUCGAGUCGAUGAGGCCCGGCGCCACAUCCCGGCCGACCUCCCCCUGGUCAGCCUCUUCGGCUGGACCCUGGGCGGCCUGUACCUGGCCCGCUACACCUCCAGCCCCGCCGGGGCCUUUGAUGAGCUGGUUGCGCUGGCGGGCCUGGUCUGGGACGGGCCCACCUCCUGCGCCUGGGCGGGGCGGGUGCUGGUGAACAGCCCCGCCGCGUUGCAGCACGGACAGCAGGCCGUGGGGCUGCCCUCCCACGCCGCACGCUUCCAGGCUGCAGGCCACAGUGCCUGGUGGCAUGGCGGGACCCCGGGGGGCGAGAUCGCUGCAACCCAGGCUCGGGGGUGGGGCCAGACGCGCGCGGAGAGCGCGGCGCCGGCAGCCCCCUGCCUGGUGGUGUCGCUGGAUGACCAGGCGGGCCGUCGUGGCCAGCCUGGCCCCGAGGCUCGGCACAGCCCCACGCUGUGCGCGCUGCGGCUGCCGACGGUGCCCUCGCGCAAGGUCCCCCGCAUGAAGCUGACCCUGCCCAGUUUCAGCGGAGCCACAGAGGCAGUUCCCACCCUGCUCAAGUACUCCCUGAAGAUGCAUGCCAGGAUACAGCCGUGCCGCCGAAUCCUGCAGCACCCCUUGGAGCCCGAGGGAGAGCACGACGAGCACGUCGCCGCGAUCCAGCGGCUGACGGGGGGCAGGGCUGUGCUCUGCUUGGCCUUUGAAGACAUGAAGAUGGAGGUGCAAGAACCAAGCCCAAUGGUGCAGGAGACAAAGAAGGGCGGUCUCUUGAAUCGCCUCUUUGGCAGGCGGGAGCCGGUCUUGGCAUGA